GGAUGCAUUAUCUAAAUACAAAAACAUCCACCUUGGGCCAUGUCCAUAAACUUUCUCCGAGUAGAGGGACUGUUGCACAAUUUUCUAAUUUCAGCAUAGGCUACUAUCAAGGAUAGUCUGUCACUUCUACUCUGGCGCUCUGUCAUCCCCCCUCUCUGAUUUGUUUGGGUUGCAGUGUCAAACGCCAUGGACGUCUUUAACCGUGUGAAAGAAUUUGCGGAGGAGAAUACAACUUGGCUCGCAAUUGUCCUCGUUACUGGAACUGGCCUUAUCACGCUCCGCAGAUGGAUGGCUGGUGGCGUAUGCCGCAGCAAAGCCCGACUAGACGGCAAAACAGCACUGAUCACCGGAGCGAAUACAGGGAUAGGGAAAGAGACAGCUGUGGACUUGGCCGCCAGAGGUGCGAGGGUGAUCCUGGCGUGUAGAGAUAUGGGCCGGGCGAACCCAGCUGCGGAUGAGAUCCGGAAACGGAGCGGGAAUGGGAACGUGGUGGUGAAGCAGUUGAACCUGUCUUCCUUGCAGUCAGUGCGCGCGCUAGCCGCUGAUGUGAUGGCCACCGAGGAGCGUCUGGAUAUUCUCAUCAACAAUGCAGGGAUCAUGAUGUGUCCAAAAUGGGAGACAGAGGACGGCUUUGAGAUGCAGUUUGGGGUGAACCACCUGGGUCACUUUCUUCUGACCAACAGUCUGCUGGACCUGCUGAAGAAGUCGGUCCCCAGCCGAGUGGUCAACGUGUCCAGCCUGGCCCAUGAGAAAGGAAAAAUUCACUUUGAUGACAUUAAUUUGGAUAAAGAUUAUGACCCUAUGAAGAGCUACAGGCAGAGCAAGCUGGCCAAUGUGCUCUUCAGCCGAGAGCUAGCAAAGAGACUGGAGGGCACAGGUGUGACCGUGUACAGCCUCCACCCAGGUGUGAUCCGCACUGAGCUGGGACGCCACCUGUGGCCCACUAUCGCUCUUUGGAAACGGCUGUUCUUUCAGCCCCUCAUGCUGCUCAUCAAGUCUCCGUGGGAGGGAGCGCAGACCACCAUCUCCUGUGCCGUGGACGAGAGCCUGGAGAACACCAGUGGCCUCUACUACAGUGACUGUGCCCCUAAGCAGGCAGCACCCCAGGCGUGUGAUGAUGCUGCUGCUAAGAAACUCUGGGACAUCAGUGCCUCCAUGGUGGGACUGGCCUAAGACAAGAAACUCAAUCUUUAACACACACACACACACACACACACACACACACACACACACACAUACAUAUGUAUACUUCCCCCUGCAUUUCUCAGAAACACAAACAUGUGUACAUACAUAUUUAUAUCUUUUCUUUAUUUUGCUGUGAUCCAAACAGAAUUUCCAUGUCAUGAAGACAUGCAUGUUAUUACUAGUGUAUGUAGAAUUUCUUUUAAACAGUAAGUCACAUUCAAAUAGUUCUGCAGUAGCAUUGUAAGUGCAGUAGUGUAUCCUGCAAGACCAGAAAGUAAUUCCCUUUUACCUGAUACCUGUUUUACAAUUGCAUCUACUCAGAUAAGUACAGUACCUCAGCAUUGUCCUACAGUACUACCUUAGCAUUGCCCAUCUCAACAAAGCACCAUAAUGUCCCUUUACUACCAGCUUCUUCAGCCAGGUUAGAUGAAAGUGCCCAGUCUCUCGAUAUUAUUAUCUACAUGAAGCCUUAAUUCUUGCACUUUAAAUAAGCUAUGUGGAAUUUUGAAGGAUUCUAUUUGUCUUGAAUGUAGCCAGACAGUAGGCUGGGUGAACCCUGCCUGACCUGCCGGCGAAUUUGGAUUUCGCCCCGGCAGCUCAGGCUGGAAACCUGCACAUCUGUCUCCCCUGCUUCCUGUCCACAACCUUUGGGUCCAAUCACAAACUAGCUAUUAUCCAAAAGACACACCGGAUCGUUGGUCUGAUUGGUUGAAGGACUAUCCAAGCGUACAGAGUCAUUUGAACAAUGCUGCCCAUUGAUCACACCUCUUGUGCAGUAGAAAUAAAGUGCAGACUCCCCAUACUAAUGUUCAAUCUGCUCAAAGAUUGAGCUUAGUGUGAUAGCCAGACAGCUGACUUGGUGGUAUUAUAAGAGAGGCUGGCCAACGAUAGUUGGGUUUACAUGCAAACUUCUCUCAGUAUCGGGAAAACACAGCACAGGAGUUUUUGAUGGUAUGUCAGAAUUGUUUUUGUUUUCUUAUUUUGUGUAUUAUACAUUUGAAUUAUUGUUAAGAGGUAGGCAUUCAGUUAUUAUUGACUGAUUUAAGGGGCCAAAUAGUACAAAACUACAGUCAAGAAAUGUGAAGAUUUCAUUUUUCUGUUUAGUAAAUGUAUAUGCAUUGUCCCAGAUCUCCAGUAGAGGGCAGAAUAUCCUCUGUAAAUGUUUCCACCAAUCUACCUUCUGUGCAUUACAAAUAAAUGAAAAUUAAUUAAAUGAAUGUCAGU